AUCAGUUCGGCCGAACCGACAUAAAAGCUUCGUUACUCUUCAGAAAGAUUACAGAUACAGGGCACGCUCUGUUCUUCAGGAAACUCGUCUUUCAUCUCUCAGAUGGGUUUCUCUCGUUUCUCGAAUCGGCUUUCAAGACCGGUAGAAUCAGAAUUUCGUGUUUGUCUCACGUCAGGGAAGACCACGAAAGAUGUUCUUCCUCUCCCCUCGUCGUCUCUAAGCUCCAGUCUUGAAGUGGGUCCUCUCAGAUCCCAUUGUGAUACAGUAGAACCCAAAAAGGACUCCAUUUCCACUCACUCUCCCAUCUCAGGUUAUAAAAGCCGCAUUUCCUUGCCUUUUCCUCCUUCAGGUUUAGGUUCCUGCAGAUCGAUCCAUGGUGGUUUAGUUCUAACUCAAGCUUUUACUGAGACCAACGAUGAGAACCCAAAUCCCGUUGAUGAUCGAAGUAUGGAAGAUACUGAGAAACUGUGUAAGAUACUCUCCAAUCAUUCUGGAAUUUCCGGCAUUGAGUCCUCUCUUGAUCGUUGUGGGGUCAAGGUCUCCCCUUUUCUAGUCGAGGAAGUCCUUAAGAAGCUCAGCAAUGCAGGAACACUGGCGCUGUUGUUCUUCCGGUGGGCCGAGAAGCAAGAAGGCUUCAAGCAUACAACUGGGAUAUACAAUGCUCUCAUCGAUACUUUGGGCAAAAUCAAACAGUUCAAAUUGAUCUGGAAUCUGGUUAAUACCAUGAAGAGCAAGGCCUUACUGACCAAAGACACAUUUGCGCUUAUUAUCCGAAGAUAUGCGAGGGCUAGGAAGAUUAAUGAAGCAAUCGAGACUUUCGAGAGGAUGGAGAAGUUCGGGUUGAAUCCAGACUUACUUGAUUUUAACCGAUUCAUUGAUACUCUCAGCAAGUCUAGGCACGUUAAGAAAGCACAGGAGGUAUUCGAUGAAAUGAAAAACAGAAGAUUUACACCUGACCUCAGGACUUACACAAUUCUCUUGGAAGGAUGGGGCCAAGAACAAAAUGAGCUGAAGCUGAAAGAAGUGUAUACGGAGAUGAGAGAUGAAGGGUUGAAACCAGACGUUGUUACCUAUGGGAUUAUCAUCAAUGCUUUCUGUAAACUAAGGAAAUAUAAAGAAGCCAUUGACCUGUUCCGCGAGAUGGAAACGAAGAACUUGAAGCCCAGUCCUCACAUUUAUUGUACUCUGAUCAAUGGAUUAGGUGCUGAGAAGAGAUUGAAAGAAGCCCUUGAGUUCUUUGAGCAAUCCAAGGCCAGUGGAUUCAAACUAGAAGUACCUACUUAUAAUGCAGUAGUUGGGACUUAUUGUUAUUCGAAACGUAUGUUUGAUGCAUUCAGGGUAGUUGAUGAAAUGAGGCAAUGUGGGGUUGGCCCGGAUGCUAGGACGCAUGAGAUAAUUCUUCACCAUCUGAUAAAGGCUGGCAGAAGAAAAGAAGCCUACUCUCUUUUCCAGAGAAUGGGUACUGAGUCUGGUUGUGAACCAAGUUUGAACAUCUACUCAGUGAUAGUGAAGAUGUUCUGUGAUGAGGAGCGGACCGAUUUGGCUAUCAGGGUAUGGAAUGAGAUGAAGGCCAAGGGAGUUCUUCCUGGAAUGCAUAUGUUUUCAGUUUUGAUUAAGAGUCUCUGUGAUGAGAAUAAGUUGGAUGAUGCUUGCAAAUAUUUUCAAGAGAUGUUAGAUUUGGGUAUCAGGCCUCCUGGUCCGAUGUACAGUCAAUUGAAGGAGGCUCUUAUAGAAGAUGGGAAGAAGGAUAUUGCUCUAAUUUUAUGGCAGAAGCUUGAAACAUUAAGGAAAAGACCUUUGGUUGGUUAAAACAUAGAAGAAGAUAGUUGAAGGUGUCACUUAGAACCAUUUCUCACUUCAAUCAUCUCCCAUUUUUAGAUGGAUUGUGAUCUGUUUAGCUGUGGAAAAAUGAGCAAACAUCAAACUCUCAGAGUUGCGAAAUGGAUCUUCCUUUAAUUUGUGGAUAGCCAUUUCCAUCUGCUAUCAAUCUGGUCUAUUUUCGAUCUGUUAUUUAUUACUUUUAGCUGUCCCUCAUUGAUA